GAUUUGAGACUGGAAUUUGUUGUUUUAUUUCGUCGUCAUUAAUAGAUGAAGAAAACCGAAGAUUACAACGUCUCCUGGAUGAGCGUAAUAAAAUGUUAAAUGAACGUGAUGAAAUGUUAAAUGAGAAAGAACUUGAAUUACAGAAUGCUGCCGAUAUUAUUAAAGCUUUAUCCGAUCGUCUUGAACAAUUUCAACGUGACAAUUCUUCACUACGUGAACAAUUAGCUUCUUCUGAUUCAACUUCUAAAAUAUUGUCUGCUAUCUCUAACAAUAUUCAACGUAUUCUUAGAGAUUCUGAUGUUGAAAAUUGUGAUGAUUUAAAAGUUACUUCUCAAUCAAUACCCAAAAUCAUAGAACCUAUUAGACCUCAUUCUAGAACUUUAAAUAAACCUAUGAAUCCUAAUUUAUCACCUUUUUCAUCUAGACAGAUAGGAAUCGCUGGUAAGCGUGACCUUCAAUACGCAAAAAGGGAAGCUGCCGUUAAAGAUGUUAUAAUGGAAGAUUCGGAUGAAAGUGAAACUGAUGAAUUCUUUGAUCAUAAUAAUAAUAAUAUAUCUAACAAUCAAAUUAUGAUGAUGAAAUUACCAAUGAAACUCAACAUGCCUCGACCUUAUAAUUCCUCGAUUCAAUCUUCUGAAACUUUAAAAGAAGCUGAAGUUUAUAAUAAAACCUCACCACGUCGUCUUCGUCGUUAUCGUGGUGAUUCAAAUGAACCUUCUACCAUUACUGUUGAACAGUCCAAAUUUAACUCUACUGAAGGUUCUGGUAAAAAUGGUCAACCGGUUUUGUCAUCAUCACAACAAAUUCCUUUAAAACUUAAUGGUAAUGUUUCUAAUCCUACACAACAACGGUCUCAACCUC